AUGCCCUUAGAGAUCAUUGACGAGAUCAUUGAUCAUAACCACGACGAUCCCGCCACUCUGCGAGCGUGCGCUUUGACGGCGCGUUCGUGGCAACCCCGCAGCUACAGAAACCUCUUCUCCACCAUAACCGUCACCAGCUCUGCAUCACUGUCUCGCUUCAUACACUUCUUGAAUGGCUCCCCUCACAUCGCCAGCUUCGUCGAAGAAUUAUGCUUCGAUGCACACGCCAACUACAGGGACGCGACGCUCAAGCCCUGGAUUCACGAGCUCGCCACAAUUCCCAUGGGUGAGCUCACGCGGAUCAGGAGUCUGCGGUUCUCCAAAGUGCAGUGGUCUUGUAUAGAGAAGAACGAGGCACUUCUCAGUACGCUCAGGUCAUAUUCCACAGUCCAAGAAGUCUAUUUUCGCGGAUGUAGCUUUCCAACAUUCAUCGACUUCGAGGAGUUUGUAGUCGCCAUGCCAGCCCUCACGCGUUUCUCCGUCGACCUGAUUACCUGGUCGUUCGUCGACAGAUUCCACAUCGAUCGCAUGAUGGCCGACCCACCGAAGCUGCAACUGUCUGGUGUCGAGUUUAUCCGGUUUGCGGACCCAGUGAAAUUCUGUUCGUGGCUUCUCAGGAUGCCUAUCCCGCCUACACUGCAGACGGUGGCGUUUCAUUGGGUUAUGGCUGAGGAUGCACAGAUGGUGGGCAAAUUCCUGGCCGAGCUUGGUCCCGGGCUGCGGAGUCUUCGUAUUGGAUGCCGACUUGACAAGCAUCCGGAGAUGGCAUACUGUGCGUACGAUCUGGCUCUGCAUCCGGCGACGACAAGCUAA